AUGAUACUAAUCAUUGGGAUAGUAGAAGCGCGGAAAGUUCAAAAUUGUGGUAACGGAGGAAAGGGUGAAGUUGGAGGAGGUUUCAAAAAUGGUAGUCAAGGUGGAGGAAGUGGAAGUAACUUUAAUAUAGGUGCAGGAGGAGGUGUUGGUGGAGGAGGUAACAUUGGUGGUGGUGGUGGAGGAGGAGCUGGAAUUGGCGGAGGGGGAGGUGCUAGUGUAGGAGGCGGUGGAAGUGCUGGUGGAGGAGUAGGUGUUGGUACUGGAGGAGGAGGUAGAAUUGGCGGAGGUGGAGGAGGUAGUGUAGGUGGAGGAGCUGGCGUUGGUGCUGGUGGAGGUGUUAGUGCAGGUGGUGGCGGAGGUGCUGGUGCGGGAGGGGGCGCUGGACUUGGCGGAGGAGGAGGUGCCGGUGGAGGAGGUGGUGCUAGCGUUGGUGCAGGUGGAGGAGGAGGUGCUGGCAUUGGUGCCGGUGGAGGCGGUAGCAUAGGUGGUGGUGGAGGAGGGGGGGCUAGCGUUGGUGCAGGUGGAGGAGUAGGUGCUGGUAUUGGUGCCGGUGGAGGCGGUAGCAUAGGUGGUGGUGGAGGUGCAAGUGCAGGAGGAGGAGGUGGUGGAAGAGGUAGUAUAGGCGGCGGUGGUGGUGCUAGUGUUGGUGCAGGUGGAGGAGUAGGUGCUGGCAUUGGUGCCGGUGGAGGCGGUAGCAUAGGUGGUGGUGGAGGUGCAAGUGCAGGAGGAGGAGGAGGUGGUGGAGGGGGUAGCAUAGGCGGUGGUGGUGGUGCUAGUGUUGGUGCAGGUGGAGGAGUAGGUGCUGGUAUUGGUGCCGGUGGAGGCAGUAGCAUAGGUGGUGGUGGAGGUGCAAGUGCAGGAGGAGGAGGUGGUGGAGGGGGUAGUGUUGGUGUCGGUGGAGGAGUAGGUGCUGGCAUUGGUGCUGGUGGAGGUGGUAGCAUAGGUGGUGGUGGAGGUGCAAGUGCGGGAGGAGGAGUAGGUGCUGGUGCUGGUGCUGGAGGAGGAGCUGGAAUUGGCGGAGGUGGAGGUGCUGGUGGAGGUGUAAGUGCAGGAGGAGGUGGAAGUGUUGGUGGAGGAGGUAGCAUUGGUGGUGGCGGCGGUGCUAGUGUAGGUGGAGGAGGAGGCGCUGGCAUUGGUGCUGGUGGAGGUGUUGGUGCAGGUGGUGGUGGAGGUACUGGUGCGGGAGGAGGUGGAGGUGCUGGCAUAGGAGGAGGGGGAAGUGCCAGAGUUGGUGGAGGUGCAAGUGCAGGAGGAGGAGUAGGUACUGGUGCUGGUGCUGGAGGAGGAGCUGGAAUUGGCGGAGGUGGAGGUGCUAGCAUUGGUGCUGGUGGAGGUGCAAGUGCGGGAGGAGGUGGAAGUAUUGGUGGAGGAGGUGGCAUUGGUGGUGGUGGCAGUGCUAGUGUAGGUGGAGGAGGGGGUGCUGCUAUUGGUGCAGGUGGAGGAGUAGGUGCUGGCAUAGGAGGAGGGGGAAGUGCUAGAGUUGGUGGAGGUGCAAGUGCGAGAGGAGGAGUAGGUGCUGGUGGUGGAGGAGGUGGAAGUGUUGGUGGAGGAGGGGGUGCUAACGUUGGUGCAGGUGGAGGAGUAGGGGGAGGAGGGGGUAUCAGUGCUGGAGGAGGUGGUGGUGUUGGCGCAGGCGGAGGAGGUAGUAUUGGUGGUAGUGGCAGUACUAGUACAAGUGGAAGAGCUAGCAUUAGUGCAAGUGGAGGUGUUAAUGGAGGCAAAGCUACUAAUGAAAGGGCUGGUGUUAGGGUUGGUGGAGAAAAUUAA